AUGAAGUUACAAGCUAUUUCUUCCUUGACUACGUUGAUUUCAUUGCUUGGCUGCGUUUCUUGUGUUUGGCUAACACCAGAUAAUUUAACAAAUUUAAAAGAAGUUACCGGUAUCGUGGCUGAUGGGUUAUUAAACUAUUACAAUGGUCGUGAUUAUGGUAAACCUAUUGGUAUGUUCUCAAACCCUUACUAUUGGUGGGAAGCCGGUGGUGCUUGGGGAUCAAUGAUUGAUUUUUGGUUUUAUAUGGAAAAUGAUACUUAUUUAGAUAUGACAAAAGAAGCCUUAUUAGCUCAAGCUGGUGAUAAUUGGGAUUAUGUUCCAUUAAAUCAAUCUACAACUGAAGGUAAUGAUGAUCAAGGGUUUUGGGGGAUUGCUGUAAUGGCUGCUGCUGAAAGAAAAUUCCCUGAUCCUGAUGAUGAUCAACCACAAUGGUUAUAUUUAGCUCAAGCUGUUUUUAAUACAAUGGCUUCAAGAUGGGAUGGUGAUCAUUGUCAUGGUGGUCUUAGAUGGCAAAUUUUCGAAUGGAAUUCAGGUUAUGAUUAUAAAAAUGCUGUUUCUAAUGGUUGUUUAUUUAAUAUUGCUGCAAGAUUAGCAAGAUAUACUGGUAAUGAUUCUUAUGUUGAUUGGGCUGAAAAAGUUCAUGAUUGGAUGGAAGGUACUGGAUUAAUGACCGAAGGUGAUUAUUAUUUCGUUUAUGAUGGUGUUAAUAUUGGUGAUAAUUGUUCCGAACCGGUUAAAUUACAAUGGACUUAUAAUCAAGGUUUAAUGAUGUCUGGUGCUGCUUAUUUAUAUAAUUAUACUGGUAAAGAUAUUUGGUUAAAUAGAACUAUGAGAUAUUUAUCAAGUUCAAGUGUUUUUUUCAAUAAUUCAGUCAUGUAUGAAGUUGCAUGUCAAAAUUCAAAUAAUUGUAAUAAUGAUCAAAGAUCAUUUAAAGCAUUUUUUUCAAGAUUUUUAGGUUUAACUGCUCAAAUGGUUCCAGAAACUUAUGAUCAUAUUUAUGAAUUAUUAGAAGCUUCUGCAAGAGCUGCAUCAAAUUCAUGUUCUGGUGGUUCUGAUGGUAAUACUUGUGGUUUAGAUUGGUCUCAUUCAGGUUGGGAUGGUUAUUACGGAAUGGGUGAACAAAUGGCUGCAUUAGAAGUUAUGCAAAAUUUAAGAAUUCGUGAUAGACCAGCUCCAGUUACAAAUUCAACUGGUGGUACUUCUCAUGGUUCAGGUGCUGCUGGUACAGAAACUUCAAGUACAAAUUUAAGUCCUUUAAGUAUUGAUGGUGGUGAUAAAGCAGGUGCUGCAAUUAUAACGUGUAUUAUUGCAUUUUCAAUCAUUGGUAUUGCAACUUGGUUAUUGAUAUGA